ACGGUGGAAUAGCCGUUUCCUCGUAUGACACCUUCCUCAUAGUCCUCGAACACAAUCUUAAUCGCAUGUUCCUUCUCCCUGUCUGUUUCUUUCAAAACAUUUUCAGCUAUCUCUGUUCUCACCGUUUCCAUAGAAAUUAUCGUCAUUUUGGUUUGACCCACCAAUUAAAUAUACACAUUUUUUCGCAACCCCAAGAGGUUGCUUUUUCAGAACCUUCACUUUUAUGGCAUUUUUUUAAAACCCCUUUUGCCUAAAUGGGAUCUUGCUUCUGACAUUUGAAGCAUGUGUUGAAUUUGAUUCAACGGUUCAUGUGGGUGUCCUGAGAAGAGGAGGAUUUUUUGUUGGUAAUUUUGCAUUUUUGUUGGGUUAGGUCACUAGGCUAGGCUAGGCUUAGGGUUCUGAAUUCAAAAUGAAUGGGCAUGAGAAUGAAGAACCUGCUUUUGAGAUUGGGGUGGUGAUUCCUAGGAGAGUUGUGCAGGAAAAAGAUGAAUCUUCUGACUGUGCACAUGUCCUGGUAGAGGAGUUCAAGAAGGUUGGACUCAUAGUUGAGAGAGUAAUUGGCAUUGCAGAUGAGUUCAUCAAGUUGGCUGCACCUUUGGAGACAUUGGGGAGAGCUGCAGCUGAACUCCAAAUCAAGAAACUGACUCAUAUUGGUAUGGAUUUACAAUUUGAGGUGGAGGAGGUUGAAGCUUUUGUGAAACAACCUGAUGGUUCUGUUUUCAGUUGGUGUGAGCGUUUUCAGUGCUACUGUCACUUGAUAUAUGGAAUAGUAAACAACAGCAAGUCAGCCAAAACCCUUAAAUUUGAUGGAAAAGAAAUCCAUUGGGAAGUUGGGGAGAAUCUACUUCAGAAAUUGGAAUCAGAGAGGAUUGUUAAGCAAGUCUUUCCUUUGCAUGAUGAAAGGACGAGAAAGAAACUUCUAAGAAGUUGGGCACUUCAUUGGUGGGACUUCACGAGUCAGCCAAUCGAUGAGAUUUACUCGUAUUAUGGAGCAAAGAUUGGAAUCUAUUUUGCUUUUCUUGGAAUGUACACACGGUGGCUGCUCUUCCUUGCUGUAUUUGGGCUUACUUUGCAAUUGAUUGAUUUUGGGUCAUUGAAACUAGUAGUACUUCCUAUUUUCUUCGUCGUGGUGAUACUUUGGGGUAUAAUGUUUUGCCAAUUCUGGAAACGUAAAAAUGCUGCUCUUUUAGCCAGAUGGCCUAUUAGCUCAGCAGUUGCAGCUGACCCAGGAUACAAGAUUCCAGCCAGGAAGGGAUGUUCCCUGCAGCCCCCAAUGGAACUCAUAAAAAUAUUUGAGAUUGAUAAAGCAAAAGGGAAGGAAGUAUUCCAGAGAUCUGAGUGGUUGGGGCGUCUGAUGCGAUUCAGAAAUGAUGCUAUCAUUAUCUUCAGCAUAAUAUGCCUUCAGCUACCGUUUGAGUUGGCAUAUGCACAUCUUUAUGAAGUUGUUGGUUCUGAUGUAAUCAAGUUUGGGUUCACUGCUGUUUAUCUUUUGACCAUUCAAUAUAUAACCAAGAUUGGAGGCAAGGUGUCCGUCAAACUUAUAAUGUAUGAAAACAAUGAAAAUACAGAAAAACGGGCUGACAGCUUGGUCUACAAGGUGUUUGGUCUGUACUUUAUGCAGACUUACAUUGGAAUCUUUUAUCAUGUCUUAUUGCACCGUAACUUUUCAACUCUUAGAACAGUGUUGAUUCAGCGGCUCCUUCUGUCUGAGGUGUUUGAAAACUUGCUGGAAAAUUCAUUGCCUUAUCUCAAGUACAGCUAUAAAAAGUACAGGGUUCGACACAAGAAGAAGUAUGAGAAAGGAGAAUCAACAGACAAAAUCCAGUUUACUUCUAGAGUAGAGAAAGAAUACCUUAAGCCGUCUUACUCUGCCAGCAUUGGUGAGGAGCUUGAAGAUGGGUUGUUUGAUGAUUUCUUAGAACUCGCAUUGCAGUUUGGAAUGAUUAUGAUGUUUGCCUGCGCAUUCCCACCUGCAUUUGCUUUUGCUGCUGUGAACAACAUUAUGGAAAUCAGGACAGAUGCACUGAAGCUUCUAGUAAUUUUGAGGAGACCAGUUCCUCGUGCCUCUGCAACAGUAGGAGCCUGGCUCAACAUAUUUAAGUUUCUCAUAUUGGUGUCUAUAUGCACCAACUGUGCUCUCUUAGCAUGGAUGUAUGAUGAGGAGGGAAAAUGGAAAAUAGAACCUGGACUUGCUGCAAUUUUAAUCAUGGAGCAUGUCCUCUUGUUGAUCAAGUUUGGUUUCUCUCGCUUGGUUCCUGAGGAACCUGCUUGGGUAAGAGCCAACCGUGCAAAACACACUACACAGGCUCAGGAUAUGUGUUCUAAGAAACUUUUGAGGACCAUUUCAGGAGGAGAAAAGAAUUUUGCAGAGGUGAAGAAGUUGGAGUGAGUUUUGGUGAUGAUUUUCUUCCAGCUUUAUAGGUCACUUCAUUGUCCCUCCAGCAACAGAGAAAGAAAGUUUAAGCUGGACUUUUCUUUUUAUAAUCUCUAUUUCCCAUGGUUGAAUUGUGUAUAUUAUAAGGGAUUUUGCUGUAAUUGUGAAUAUGGAAAAUUACCUCCCAAGUUUAUCAAAAUGUCAGUGAAACAAGGACUAUUUCUUUUGUUAGGGGUAUUAGACUUAUAUUGUAGCUUCAGUGCUCAAGGGACCCGGAAUUGCAUUUAGGAAUUUUUCUCUUGUGCAUUUUUGUAAAUUUAAUUUAUUUUUUCAUUUAGUAUUCUGAAAA